CACAUCAUUAAUACAUCCCUGUACACAUUAUACUGAGCUUUAUAGCUCUUUGGUCGGGAAUAAGUUAUUUUAACUAGCAAUAACUCGACAGUAAAAUGAAUGAUAAGGUAAAUAAGGUAGUGAUUGCAGUUGCACUAGUCCUUUUAAUAAUGUAUGUUUUGAAGGAUUAUUAUACAGGCGUUAAUAAUCAGGCGACUCGCAUUAUGUCCGCAAUAUCUGAUGUAAAAAGAGACCAAGUUUCGCAGAAACAAGAAAUGAAGAGCCUAUUGAAGUCGGCAUUAGCUACUGUGACAAAAAAACAAGCUACACAGCAAAAGGAACAGCAGGGCGCAUUAACAUACUUCCGGGACGGUAUCUGGGUAUUACCUACUAUAGCAGAGCUGUCCAAAUUAAGUGCAAAAGAUCUAACGAUUCUAUAUUUUGGAUAUAUAGAACAGAUUCAAGUUCCGUGUAAUAAAAGAAUACGGCUAGGUAACAUUAAAGAUGGUGGGUGGGAUUUAUGUGAAGAUAAGCCAUAUAAACCUGAAAAUAAGAGUCUAGUCUAUUCUUUUGGAAUAAACAAUGACUUCAGUUUCGAUGAUGCUAUUGGAAAGAGAUUUAAUGCCCGUGUUCACUCUUUUGAUCCAUCUAUGAGGAUCAAGACAGAUUAUAGAAGAAACGAACAUGUCUUCUUCCAUGCUACUGGUAUUGCUGAUUACAAUGGAAAACUUCCGGGUAAGGGCUGGAAGAUGCAAACUCUAUCGGCCAUUAGAGAAGAACUUAAGCACAAGGAAGAAAAUAUAGCAAUAUUAAAAAUGGAUAUCGAGGGCUGGGAAUGGAAAAGUUUACCACAGGCCUUGGCUGCUGGAGAGCUAAAAAAUACAAAACAGAUUUUCCUUGAAUUCCACACAUGUGGUAACUGUAAUGAUGCUAGUAAACGAUUGACUGGGGCCUUAACAAUUCUGAAAAACUUUUACGAUAUGGGUCUUAGGAUAUUCUGGAUGCAUAAGAAUCCCGCAUGUACUUAUACUUGCAAAUUUACUAAUAUAAAACGUACUAGAUGUCAGGAGGUUUAUUUUUUAAAAAUACAAUAACGAUUUUUCGUUAGCAACGCAUUGCGAUUUACAGGGGCGCCGGAAGGGCGCGAGGGCCAGGGUACCAAAAGACAGGGGGCGGGGGGGGGGGGGGGUGUGAGGGCUUCUCUUCCCCCGGCCACUAGUAAAUUUUGAAAUUUGUCAAUUCCGAGAACGCUGUUUAGAGCGCCUCUAGCAUUCCAAAUUCCAACAUAAAACCCAAAUGAAUAGACUAGUAAAAAGGUUGAAAACAUUCAUCAUUAGAGCAUGGGUAUACAUGUAUACCCCAGAAAAGGGCAGGGUACCGGUUGUAUACCCUGGUACCCGGGUUCCGGCGCCCAUGGCGAUUUAGUAUCGACGCCAUUCCAUGUUGAGGUACACUCAUCCUGCCAACAACCCACAUGAAUGUCUGAGAAAAUGAUACGAAACGAAAUCUUACAAUACUUCGUUUCGUAUAAUUCUCUCAAAUGCCAAGCCAUGCGUUUAUAUAUAGAUUUGAAUGUAAGAUGUCUUAUAAGUCUAACGAAACAAUGGUAUCGUUCCACAAUCCGCAAGUUUAAUGAAGUGUCUAUGCAUGAAAUAUUGAUUGAUGCUACUGUACAUUUAUUAAUCAUUGGUAAUAAAGGUAACCCAGUGCAUCAUGGUUUUUCCAAAUUCAUAUCAACAAAACAUUAAACAAAAAGGCAAAGAAGUUUUUUUUUAAGUUUCAUGUUCAGAUGAAUUGUAAAUAAAAAAAACUAAGUUGAGAGCAUGAUCUUUCCAUUUCUACUUCUGUUGUUACUGUUUGAUUAAAGCGCCCACGAAACGUUUACCAGUGGGUGACGUGUAGAUCAUAUUAUGCCGAGAAUGUUACAAAAUUAAAUUUCUUCCUUGUCUCUGUUAGAUCUUAUUAUUCCGAAAAUAUAAACUGGAAUUUCUUUCUUUUCCUUUAUUGUCUUCCGUUUUUGCAUGAAUUAUAUGUUAUCAAAAGAAGUUUUUAACUAAUGCCCUUGUAUUUUGAAUGUGAUCAGUGAUGAUUAAAAUGUUUUCAAUGC